CCUGAAUCCUACCCCGACAAUCACCAGUCAACUACAUUCUUAAGAUAGCACUUUUAGUGUUUCUUAUCCGUUUUUGGUGUCAGUUAUCUAGAUAAUGGUCUAGGGGUGUCUUUUAUUAUAUUGCCCUUUUUCUUUCUACUUACUUUUCUAUUUAAACAUGCUGCGGGUGAAAUCGUUAUUCUAUCGGUCUUGGAGGGGGUUCCGGACUUUUCCCUGUGCAGCUGUUGAGGUGAAGAAUGAGCCAGUCCUGGGAUUCCUCGAGGGCAGUCCAGAGAGAGCUGAGCUGCAGAAGGCCCUGGACAACCUUAAGGGGAAGACAGAGGAGAUACCCUGUGUGGUUGGAGAUGAACAUGUGUGGACAAAAGAGAUCCGAUACCAGCUUUCUCCCUUCAAUCACUCACACAAACUGGCUAAGUUCUGCUAUGCUGACAAGGACCUGCUCAAUAAGGCCAUCUUGGCCUCUGUGGCAGCAAGGAGAGAGUGGGACCUCAAACCCAUACAGGACAGAGCCCAGGUCCUUUUCAAGGCAGCUGACAUUAUCAGUGGACCCAAGAGGGCUGAAAUUCUGGCCAAAACCAUGAUUGGCCAGGGCAAGACAGUAGUGCAGGCAGAGAUUGAUGCGGCCGCGGAGCUUAUAGACUUCUUUAGGUUCAAUGCUAAGCACAGCAUUGAAGUGGAGUGCCAGCAGCCCCUUGACAGUGAUGGUAGCACUAACACCAUGCUCUACCGUGGGCUGGAGGGUUUUGUUGCCGCUGUUGCCCCAUUUAACUUUACUGCAAUUGGUGGAAACCUAGCAGGUACACCUGCUCUCAUGGGUAAUGUAGUUCUAUGGAAACCUAGUGAUACAGCCAUGUCAGCUAGCUACGCCGUCUACAAUGUCCUGCGGGAGUCAGGUUUGCCACCCAACAUCAUCCAGUUCGUACCAGCCGAUGGACCAGUGUUUGGAGAUACCAUCACAUCCUCAGAACACCUUGCUGGCAUCAACUUCACUGGCAGUGUACCGACCUUCAAACGCUUGUGGAAGCAGGUAGCCCAAAAUCUGGAUACCUACAAGAACUUUCCUCGUGUUGCAGGAGAAUGCGGUGGUAAAAACUUCCACUUUGUUCAUAAGUCCGCGGAUGUGCAGAGUGUGGUAACAGGAACCAUCCGCUCAGCAUUUGAAUACGGAGGACAGAAGUGCUCUGCCUGCUCUAGGAUGUAUGUGCCUGACUCCCUGUGGCCCCAGAUAAAACAGGGGCUCCUGGAUAUCCACAAGAAGCUCAAAGUGGGGAACCCUGUAGAGGACUGGAGCACAUUUUUCUCUGCUGUGAUUGAUGACAAGUCCUUUGCUCGUAUUAAGAAGUGGUUGGACCAUGCCAAGUCUUCCCCUAAUUUGAACAUUAUUGCUGGGGGCAACUGUGAUGACAAGAAGGGUUACUUUGUUGAGCCCACCAUCAUUGAGACCACAGACCCACAGGAUGCCAUCAUGGCUGAGGAAAUCUUUGGGCCAGUGCUGUCUGUCUAUGUUUACCCUGAGAAAGACUACUUGGAUGUUCUUCACCUGAUUGACAACACAUCACCAUAUGCCCUGACAGGAGCUGUCUUUUCUCUCGAUAAGAAUGUGGUGGAGGAGGCAGCCAAGGUCUUGCGGAAUGCUGCAGGAAAUUACUAUGUUAACGACAAGUCAACUGGCUCCAUUGUCGCCCAGCAACCAUUUGGUGGCGCCAGAGCUUCAGGUACCAAUGAUAAACCUGGUGGUCCUCACUACGUACUCCGAUGGACGUCCCCACAGGUGGUCAAGACCACCCACAUCCCACUCCGGGAUUGGAAAUACCCCUAUAUGGGUUAAAAUGACAGUGUUCAACCCACUCCUCAACCACACUGGCUCAUCCAAUCCUAGCUUAAUAGACAAAUCCAUAGGCUUUUUCAACUUUCCGAUUAGGGAAGAGAAUGUCCUCUUACUAGUCCAAGUAUUAAAAAAAUAUAUAUAUUAUUGAUUGUUAUAUAUUGCAAUGGUGUGCAACAGUGCCCCUCACUGGUACUUCAUGAGAUCAGCCGAAGCUGCAGGGGAGACAACAAAGUGCUUGAUAGCUUUACAGAAUAAUAGCACAAUGAAAACGUUCCAUAGACAUAGUAAACCUGUUUGGUCUACCAUGGAUUAUACAGAAAUGUACUUUUUUGUAAAAAUGAAUCUUCUAUUUUUAGUCAAAUUGCUGCUAUGUGCUUCUGAGGAUUUUUGACUAUGUCUGUACUGAUUGGUCUUGAGGUGUAUGUUACUCACAUUUAAGUUAUACCUGACUUGCCCUGAAGAAAGGUUUGACCAAGUUAACCAUGAUGGACUGUCUGAGAGGAACAUUACUUUUUCCAUCCAAAACUGACAUAAGAAAUAACAUCUAUCAUCUUAAAAUCCAUUGACAAAUCAAUAGGCCAGAGUUUCUACCAUCAAUAUUUCAUGAAUGCUGCAGAAAAGCUAGCUCAACCCAAUGCUAAUAAUUGUGUGUGUUCUGGGCCAUUUGAUGGUAAAUAGAGGAAAGAAUGGUUGUUACCGUCCUUAUUUUAUGUGAAAACGUCCUUACUGAGAAUCCUGCCUAACUUCUACUCAAACAGGGUUGUGUGUGACAAAACAAUAAUACAGAUUGUUGCUUUUUUCUGGUUGGUUUGUGUUGUCAUAAUGUCAUACUCAACCCUUUUGACUGUCUAAUAGGAAAGGUGAUGCAGUUGACUUUUUACACUUAAGCUGUGGGUUUAAGGCUUUACUGGUGCAGUUAUUUUUGUUUUAAUGAAAUCCCACUAUGCUAUCUGAUCCCACUAUGUUUACAUCAGCGUCUGCACACUCAGAUGCUGAGGUACAUAACAUAAUUCUGUUGUUUUCCAAUGGUGGAUUGCAAAAGAAGUGUUAGUUGUUUCAACUGCCUUUGAUUGCUCCGUCUAAAAUAAACAUUUCAAGACACUGUAUCUGA